AUGCAGAAGAUGGACCAGACCAAGAAGUGGAACAAGCCAAAGUUCCGAGGUCGCAACAGUGACAAGGAACAAGAUAUGGAGGAGUUUGACUUGCCUGUCUCGCUGACGGCUUCAGCGCGAAAGCAUAUCAAAGCAUUCGUCGAAGAGUUCCUCGACUCAUCGUUCAACCCGUUGUUCCUGCAUCUCCGGAAAGCGAUCGAGCGCGAGACGGAGCGUGUGCAAGUACGGCAUCCUCGACAAUUCUUCUACCUGGCAUCUUGGUUCCUAAAAGCUGAAUGUGCGAGACGCCGGAUGAUGAAAGAGCGCGCAGCAGAUCCCAAGAGUGUUGAAGUACUCACAGCUGAAGACGAGAGCUACGGCCUCGUCGCUGAGGUUAUGAACCAAGAAACUUUCAUCCUCUUGAAUCGGUUCAUGCAAAAGAGUCAAGACGAAAAGGCAUGGCGAGAUCUGAACGCAGGGCUUAGAUGCUUCACUCAGAUCUUGCUUACCGUCCACGAAAUGUCCGAGUCGGCGUUGGAAGACGAUCAAGAAAUCGCAGAGAACAUUCAGAAUCGUAUCUUCUACGAAGAGGCUACACAUGACCGCAUCAUCACGAUAUUAAGAUCUUACAAAGAUCAGGGGUUCGGAUAUCUGGACGCCGUCACAGAAUUAUCGCACGUGUUUUUACGAAUGCUCGAGCGCUACUCAAAACAAAACGUAGACAUGCAAAUACGAUCGAAGAAGCGAACUCGGAAGAUCAAGAAGAAGCAAGUGCAAGCGGCUGGAGAAGGAGGUGAAGACGAAGGUCCACCCUCGGAAACUGAAGACCUACAACAAGCACAAAGGACUGUAUCAGAGCGAAAAUUCGACUUCGCGCGCUUCUCAGCCAAAUUUGUGAAUCAAAGUAGCGUCAAUACUUUUGUGGCAUUCACAAGGUUUUACAAUGACCUUGACACUGAGCAGCUGAAGCGUGCGCAUCGCUUCUUCCACCGCGUAGCGUUCAAGAUGGAGCUAGGUGUUUUGCUAUGUCGAGUAGAUAUCCUGGCACUGUUCAACAAGAUGAUGAAAGGCCCAGAAGGCCUGGACCCCGACUCUCCGGCUUACAAAGAGUGGGACGAUUUCGUACGAUACUUCUUCAGACAAGUCGUAAAAAGGGUGCAAAAACGUCCCGAACUUGUGGUAGAGAUGCUCUUCAGCAAGAUCCCAGCCACGCUGUUUUUCCUCGAGCAUGGGUAUGAUCGAGAAAUAAUUGUGAGGGCGCCGCGAGCGCCAGCAGAACUGGAGGUCAAGCCCGGCAUGGAGCACUCUGAGCAGAUUGGUGUUGCAGUAGGCGUGCUGGUCAAUGAAUCAAAGUCUGAUGCGUUACGGUGGAUAAGAGAUGUACUCACCUCAGCAAUUGAAGAGCGUAAGGCUUGGGAGGAUGCAGAUGAAGCGCGCAAGUUACUCGCAGCUGCGGAACUUGGGGAGGGCGAUGGCGUCGCCGAGAACCCUGAAGUUGAAGCUGAAGCGCCAAAGCCGCCAUCGAUUCUCAUCAAGCACGACACUGAAGAACGCCGAGUUGCUAUGUUCAAGGAUAACAAAUUGCGAUUGCUCAUGAACCUCGUAGGACUCACAAGAUUGGGCGAACCUCAUGACCCAGAUGCUAGCUGGGUAAUUCCUUCCUCGCUUACGUCUACUCAACUGCAGGAAGCAAUCGAUCUCAUCCGCAAGUUUGAAUAUGACCCACCAAUUUAUGAGGAUGGUAAAGGGCCUGAAGCCCUGAUUCGUAGCAAAGCAGUGGCAGCACGCCAAUCGACACGUCGAGCUGAAUUUGACGACGACUCGGAUGGCAUCGACGACACACCUGAAGAUCUCGGUGAAUAUGCUCCCUUGGGACCAACUACACGAAAACCAGACGAACUCCGGAAAAAGCUCGUACGACGCCGCCGAGAACGGACACCGGUAGAGCUCGACGAAGAAGAAAUGGAUCGUAGAGCAGAAGCCCGCCGCAAGAAAGAAGCUAAGAAGAAGGCAGCGGAGAAGAGCACAGCAUUUGUACAUGAUUCCGACGACGAAGACUGGGAUGAAGAGAAAGACGCUGCGUUCUUCGCGCGAGAAGAAAGAAUACGCCAAGAGACACAAGAAGCAUUCAAACGGUCACUUGCACUCGGUAGUUCAGAAACUGCGGCUUCGAAGAAGAGGAAAGCUGAUGAGCCGGAGAAGAAGAGUAAGAGGAGGAAGGAGCCGCCGAAACAAAGGAGGCCGUUUGAGGAUAGUGAUGAUGAGGAGAUUGAGGAUGCUGUCAGUAGCAGGGCGGUUUCUGAAGAUGCGAGUAAUAGCGCAGAUGAGGAUGAAGCUACGGACACUCCACUGUCUUCACAGAAUGCUGCAGCUGCAGCUGUCAGUGAUGAUGAUACACCGAGGAAAACUGCAACGACGAGCAAAGAUAUCGCUAUGGAUGAUGCGGAGGAAGAAGACGACGAUGAUAUUGUGCCAGUCGCGAGAAAACCUGCAGGGAGGAAUACGAGGGCGGGAUUUGUUAUCGACAGCGAUUCAGAGUGA